AUGGCUACCCCUAGUGUCCUCGUCUUUGACGCUAAGGGUCGGGCCAUUGACUUUGACGUCUGGGUAGAUGACCUGCAGCUUUUCUUACAGUGCGACGGUCUCUCCCUCUUUGACCUCACCUCUGGUGCCUCCCCUGCCCCUGCUGCUGAUGCUGACGCCACUGUUCGCUCACAGUGGGCCACACACGAUGCUGCUGCACGUCUUGCUGUGCGUCGCCACCUGCCUACCUCUGAGCGUGCACACUUUAGCCAGUACAAGAGUGCUCAGACCUUGUACGACGCUGUAGUUGCACGCUACUCUUCCCCUGCCACUGCUGCACUGAGCCGCCUCAUGCUACCGUACCUCUUCUUUGACCUUGCUGCCUUCCCCACAGUCGCUGACCUCAUAACGCACCUCCGCACUAGUGACACUCGCUACCGCGCUGCGCUUCCUGCUGAGUUCUGCGCCAAGAACCCCCCCCCCCAAUCAGAGAAGAGCAUAGACGCUGUAGGAGCCUCUCGUGGUGACCCUCGCACCCCCGUCUUUGAGGGGUGUUCCCCCUCCCCCCUUUUGCCCUCUGUUGCCUCUGCUGCUGCAGCCGACCUCGUUGGCUUCGAGUCGGACGGCGCUCCGUCUGCCCCUAGCGGGAGACGCCGCCCCGGCAAAGGCAAAGAGGGCAAGGGCGCUGGAGGGGGUGGCGGGGGCGGUGGAGGUGGCAGUGGAGGCAGUGGAGGGGGUGGGGGUGGUGGUGGGAGUGGUGGCGGGGAAGGAGGUGUAGGUGGCGGCAGUGGAGGCGGAGGCGGAGGCGGCGGUGGCGGAGGCGGCGGUGGCGGUGGCGGUGGGAGCGAAGGUGGCGGCGGUGGAGGAGGCGGCGGCGGAGGAGGUGGAGCUGCUAUCUUUGACCUUGACUUUGAUGCUAUUCUUGCUGCCAUGUAUGUUGUGACUAUUAGUGAUGAGGGUGACUGUUACCGGUGUUUUCCGCCCGACCCGGGCAUUGAGACUGCUGCUCUAAGUACUGGUGAGGCUGCUGCUCUAGGUGCUAGCGAGGCUGUUUCUCUAGGUGCCAGUGCGUCUGCUUCCUCAGGUGCUGGUGAGUCUGCGCUCUCAGGUACCGCGUCGGCUUCGACCUUUCACACCUUCAUUCUUGACUCGGGGGCUUCUCGCUCCUUCUUUUGA